AUGGCUACUCGGGCUCAUGUUUCUAUCGCCACCACCAAAUGUUCUACCUUUUAUAUGUCAUCUCCAAAGCCCGAAUGGAUUAUUAACUCAGAUGCUACAGAUCACACGACAUUUGAUCAUAGCCAACUUAUUAGUCGCAAACCAUCCACUCAGUCGGUGGUGUCUAAUGCUAAUAGUACCCUUUCCCCUGUGGCUGGGGAGGACAUCUUCACGGGGAAGACAAUUGAUUGCAGUGCUAGACGGGCAAACUCUACUACUUGGACUGGGCACUGGAUAGUAAGACCAAGGUUGAUCAAGCUUUCACAACAAGUGGAGCUAGUUCUAAGAGGCAGAAAGACAAAGUUUGGUUAUGGCAUAAAUGUCUUGGGCAUGUCUCGUUCGGUUAUCUGA